UAGUAAGUGGACCUGGAAUUAUUUUUCAUUCAUCAAAAUAUUAUAUUCAAGAAUGCACGUGUGCUUAAAUUUGGACUUCAUUUUCACAGAUUUUACAAUCGCCACUGCAGUGCUCUGUACACAGAUUCCCACUUCUACUCUAGUCAUCAAUACAUCCUGUGUGGAUUAAGCCUGCAUGUGUACUUGCACCGAGUGUAGUAAACGUGCCCUCACUGACUUGACACCAGAGGAUUAGAAGUGUGGGUUUAUUUUAGAUCUUUGAGCCUCAGAGUAAUGAGCAUUUGAGAUGCAGCAAAACCCAGGGUAGAUGAGCACUGGUGGAUCCCAGCAGCAACACGCUGACUGCUGAUUCCUGCAUGGCCGAGGAUGCAUCAGAGGAUCUCGCCUCCCCCAGUCAAUCAGUUUCCUCCUUAGUGGCCUCUUCUUUUUUCUUUCAGCACUUUAACAGCAAAACUGAACUCCUCUCCUAUUUGAUCCUGUGUGUUGCCAAAAUGCCAUUCAUUCCAUCUGUGUCCGUUUCACACUCUGUGUCAGGACUAACCGGGAAGGAGAGACCUAUCAACAACACUUCAUUUACAACUACUUUGACCAAGGUCCAAAGAGAAGACAAAGCCAACAGCUCAGUGAAGGAGCGACUGGCUUCGAACCUCAAGCAGCUGGGGAAGAAGAGCCAACCCAGGAGUCAUCUGCCAACCGCCACAGGAGUGUCAGGGACAGAGCUGCUUGCAAAGAGAAGGGAGAGAUUGCUGCCUUCAUCACAAACAGGUAGCUUCUUAGCCUCCAACUCGGGUGCGUCCCUGUCUAAGACGCAGCACAACAAACAUGUGAGCCAGAGCUCUGUGAAGACUGAGCCAGAGAUGAAGACGAGGGCCAGGCAUCACAAGGAGGUCCGUUUCACACUGACUCUCACACCUGAGGCUGUCCUGCUGCUGCAGCGGAGGAACAAUGAGAGAAAUCAACAUUCAGCGUCCAGAAAUGCCAGAAGUGGAGGAGGCCUUUCCGGAAGCGCCUCAGAUUCCAGAAGCGGGAGGGAAAACGUCUCUAAAAGGCAUCAACCAGCAACACAGAGACACAGCACUCCAAACAGCAGAGUCACUGCUAAAAACAACAGUGAUGCUGAACUGGGAGACAUAAGCUCAAUUGUGAAAAUUUCACUUCUGAAUGAGCAACAUAAGUAUGAUGAUGUGGAGUACGAGGAGGAGGACCAUGGUGUGGAUGAGUGCGUGGUGCUGAAAUGUACAGAGUGGCUCCGUGGGUUGGAAAACACACCGGUAACAGUGGGACACAGCCUGACUAAGAGUGCAAGUGGUGUGAAAAGUUUCUAAAGAUAACAUGAGAAGUGUUGCUUAAAUGAGGUGUCAUUUUCCAACCUGAGAAUGAACUGCAGUUUCUGUUUGUGUUGGCUAGUUGCUAUUUGAAGAUGUGCUUGUGUUCUGUAUCCCCUGAUCCCUGCUCCAUGUUUCUCACUGGGCCUAGUCGCGCUAAGAUAUUCAUCCAUUGCAACAGUUUUUAUGAAAUGGAUUUUGGCAAGUUCAUGAGAUGUUCUGUUCCUGCUGCUUUGUUUGA